AUGUGUCAAAAAGUCGAGAUCCUGAUCGUCUGUUGCGAGCAGAACUGCUCAAACGUCUACAAUAACGGCCUCCGAAAGCCUCAGAUGCGUCUCAUCCCCCACCCCGAAACAGCCUUCGUCCUCUGCGGCCAGGCCAUUGACCUCGGCUACGUCAGCGACCGCUUUUUCAUGGACCUCCCCGUCAUGUCCUCAGUUCCCAGAAACUGCACCGACCUGCUCGAGAACUACAAGUUCCAGCUCGUCCUCUCGCAGGUCGCUUCGAAGCACAUCAUGGAGCUGGAGACCAACUCGCGCAUCCAGUGCAAGACCUGCUCCGGCACGGGGAAGCCCGCGAUAGUUUCAAAGUCGGGCAAGAAUUCGUCUAUUCAGUCGACGGCACCGUCUGGCAACGCCCAUGUUGAGGCUAAGUGGACGUGUUGUGCCGAGGGAGUGCGAGAGUCAUGCUUCUGCCCUGCUGUGUCGGGACUCUGA